AUGAAAAAUAAGGAUAGAAAAUACACCUUGGAGAAUGAGGAUGUCUUUAUAAAAACAAGUAAAAUGGUGAAUGAGAGUAUAAAGGAGUUUGAACAGAGCUGGGAGGAGUCAUUUGCUGAUUUCAAUACGAAUGAAAUUGCAACAGAUCCAAAUCGGGUGGUAACGAAUAAAAAGCAGCUUUAUGCAAAGGAUGAAAUGAAAGAGGAUAAAAAGAAGUCUGUUUUGGCACAGCAGUGCUUUGGAUCAACUUACACAGGUCACUCAGAAAACAAGGGGCCAAGAAGAAUUAUUGCAACAAGUCUAACAAUAAGCAAUGAGGAGGAAAUAGACGAAGAUACGUUUGUAGCAAAUAGAGAAGCGUGUUUGAAGGAUGGUUUAACAUAUUAUUCAUUAUCAAAAGACGAAAGUAUGAUAAUGGAUGACGUAUCAUUGAGACAGGCGCCAUUAUUGAAUUACAAGGAGGAAAAAGACUAUGACACGUAUUGUGAUGGAACUAGCAGUGUCAAAGGAAAUAGAUACGAGAGAGAAGUGGUCGUAGAAGAUGGAAAAAGAGCAAAAAUGGACGAAGAGGAAACAAGUUUCGGUAUUUCGUCAGAGAGUCAAAAGAAGGAGAUUUCAAGUGAAAUUGUCGUAGAAGACAACUUCUCACUUGAUGAAGCAUCAGACGAAAUAAUAAUCGAAAAGAGAAGCAGUGAAGAGGAUGUGGCAAUGAAACAACCUGAUGAAUUCACACUCGAUGACCUGAGCAUCUCAAAUUUGUCUAAGACUCUUUAUGCAUCAAAUAAGUUUAAUAUCACAAACAAAAUAGAAAAUACCAAUUUCAUGCUGAAUAAAGAAGCAAAGAAGAGUGCUACAGAAGCAAAAGAAGUCAUCAACAAGUAUCUGAAGGAGAAGAACAGACCAGUUGAAGAGAGCAGCAGUGAUAUACGAAUUAUCAGCUCCACUCAAUAUGUUGCAAUAAACGAAGACACGAAUCUAAAGGUGCCAAACACCCUGUACAAAAUCAACACGUCCACGACGAACGACCAGGCCCUUGAGAACAAUAGCGGCCUCAACACCCAGAAAAUCAAAGAGCAUCGAAACAUUCAGUCGUUCUAUUUGCACAGUGUCUUCAGCCUUGACGAAUUCAGACAAAAUCAGGAAGAAAUCAUCGAAGAGAGUCUCCAAAACAAAGACCUGUUUGUUCUGAUGCCAACUGGUGGUGGCAAAUCACUCUGCUACCAGCUACCAGCCCUGAUCAAAGAUGGCAUCACCCUCGUGAUAUCACCGCUUCUCAGUCUGAUUCAGGAUCAGAUCACUGGUCUCCUGAACAAAAACAUCCCAGCCGCUGCCCUGAACUCAAACUGUACGCCUUCUGAACGAGAACUGAUCAUCAGAACAGUUGAGAAGUCGAAUGUGAUCAAGUUGCUCUACGUUACGCCUGAAUUGCUGAAUAAUUCUGGUCGAUUUCAGGAACUGAUGAAAUUGUUGCACCAAAUGGGCAGACUCGCCCGAUUUGUCGUAGAUGAAGCCCACUGUGUCUCACAAUGGGGCCACGACUUCAGACCUGACUACAAGGCACUUGAUCAGCUGAGAUCAGCAUAUCCAACAGUUCCAAUAAUCGCACUGACUGCCACUGCGACUGAAAAGGUGGAACGUGACAUCGUCGAUCUCCUUGGAAUCAGAAGAUGCGUCACAUUUCGCUCCAGUUUCAAUCGACCAAAUUUGGUCUACAAAAUUCUGCCUAAAACAAAAUCAACCAAAAUCGACAUCGUCACCUUCGUGAAUUCGCACUACGCAGACAGCCCUGGAAUCAUCUACUGCACCAGUAAAAAAGAGUGUGAGAAAAUAGCAGAUGAGUUAUCGAAUGAUCUCAGAAUCACCUACUACCACGCUGGACUAUCAAAGAAGGAGCGAAUGCGUGUACAGGAGCAAUGGAAUGAUGGAACGUACAACAUCAUCACGGCCACCAUUGCAUUUGGAAUGGGAAUUGAUAAGGCUGAUGUCCGAUUUGUGAUCCAUUACUCCUUGCCCAAAUCACUAGAAGGCUACUACCAGGAAACAGGGCGAGCUGGAAGAGAUGGGCUCGAGAGCACCUGUCUCCUCUACUACUCGUAUGGUGACACCAAGAUACACGAGUUUCUGAUCAAUAAGUCGUAUAACAGUACACCAGCCCAGAAAAGCAGGCAGAAACAGGAAUUGUUCAAUGUGGUUCAAUAUUGCGAUAACAAGGUGGAAUGUAGGCGCAAAUUGGUACUGAAACACUUCAAUGAGGAGUUUGAUUCAGCAAAUUGCAAGGAGACGUGUGACAACUGUGCCAGAAACAAAAAAGGGACAUUCGCAGACUACACGAAAGAGGCCAAGGAGAUGCACAGUCUGCUUCGUGAUCUGAAUCGUGGUGGAUACGCUACGUUGAUUCAGCUGGUUGAUUUGUACAGGGGAUCCAAGAACAAGAAGACGGCUGAAUUGUCAUCAAAAAUGAGCAAUAGAAAUCUGGUUGGAAAUGGAAAAAGAGUCUCAAAGGAGACACUGGUGAAAAUAGUUCAGAAAAUGGUGCAACAGGGAGCACUGGAAAAUAAGAUUGAAAAGAAGGCUGGUUUCACACACUCGUAUUUGGCACCACGAAACAGGCUGAUUAGCAAAGUGGAGAUUCAGGUUGAAGAUGGUGGAAGCAAGGAAGUUGUUAGAAGACCAGUUUACAGCAAUUUCAGCAAAUACUUUGAUAACCAGGAGGAAGAAAGUGGAGUAGAAUAA